ACAAGUUUGGUUAAAUCCUCUAUAAAAGGUUCUUGUCCUGCUGACCUGGUACUCCACACACUGCUUAACAGCCACUUGUCCCUGCCUGGCACUAGCUGACUUCAAAGAUGCCUCAGUUACUGCGAAACAUUCAUGGGAUCAUUGAGGCCUUUGGGCGCUACGCCAGGACGGAGGGCGGCUGCGAAGUGCUCACCCGAGGGGAGCUGAAGAGGCUGCUGGAGCAGGAGUUUGCUGACGUCAUAGUGACUGCAGGGCUGGAAGCUGGAAGCUGGGUGGACUGGACCAAGCCACUUCCUUCUCGGGAGACGGAUGGUGACUUGGCCUCAUCUUCUCCCCAGAAGCCCCAUGAUCCGGCCACUGUGGAUGAAGUUCUGCGCCUGCUGGAUGAAGAUGAGACAAGGACUAUAGAAUUCAAGGAAUUCCUGGUCUUAGGGUUUGAAGUUGCCCAGGCCUGUUUUAAGGCAUUAAGUGAGAGCGUUGGGGGAGCUUGCAGAUCUCAAGAGUCUGGGGGCCACCGCACUGGGUUCUCAAAAGAGCUCGGGGAAGGUCAGAAAAGUGGCAUGGAAUUGGGAAGGGACAGCAAAGGGCAGCGUCAUGAAGGAAGCAGCCAACGGCAGCGUGAGCAGGCUUCUCAAGGGCAGGGAAGGCCCGGGACUCAGACCCAGGUUCAGGACGUCAGCUCCCCGCAGGUAAGCAGCCAUGACAGGCAGGCUGUGUCCCAGGGACAGGUCCAGGUGAGCCAGCAGACCCAAGUGACGGGGCAUGUGGAGCAGACCCAGAGAGCAGGAGGCAAUGAGAGUCAUCAGGCAAGUGAGAGGUGGAAGAGACAGUCACAGACCAGCGAACAGACAGGGGAGAUGGGAACCAGAACCACAUCACAGGCCCAGACAGGGGCCACCCAGACUGUGGACCAGGACAGGAGCCACCAGACAGGAAGCACCAGCAUCCAGUCACAGGGGGCCUCCUAUCACCAGACCAGCCAGGCUGCGAAAGGACACGUCCAGGCACAAGCAGGGUCACACAGCCAGACCACGGAGCAGGACAGGAGUCAGCCUGUCAGCCAUGUGGAGGACAGAGGUCAGGGACAGACACAGGUGCAGCCAAGCUGUGGUCAAAGAUGGACACAAGCAAGUGGGGCAGGACAGGCCCAGACCGGGACAAGCACUGUGACAGGGCAAUGGGAUCAGAGCAGCACUCAGCCCAGUGGGACUGGAGGUCAGGGGGAGAGGAAGCCCACAGAGGUGAGAGAGGAGUGGGUCGAUGACCACUCGAGGGAAAUAGUGAUCGGAAGCCAGGACCAGGACCAGGACCAGGACCAGGGCCAGGGCCAGGGCGGCCCGCACACCAGCGCUCCUUCAGUGUAGAGCCAGGACGAAGCCCAGCCCUGGAGAAGGGCAGCCUCACCACCACUGAAGGGCUGUAUUCCUACCUGAAAAGCAACAGGCCAAGACCGACUCCAAUGCCCGGUACCGAGGGACAGCCAGAGAGGGGCCAGCUUAUCCUGCUCUGGGCAGUCCACCGCACUUCCCCGGACUUCAACUCUUAAUUAUGAUGCUUCCCCUUGAGUUCUUUCUCAAAGAGAACUUUGCCACAAGGUGCUCUCUCUCUCUCUCUCCCCUACACUUCUCUCUCGUAAAGGGCUUUGCUGUGCAGACUCUUAGGAACUGGGAGGAAGUUGGCCAUUUCUGCUGCGUGCUUCUCAGCUUGUACAGGUCUUUGGAGCUCCUUGUAUCUGCCAUCUGUCUAUGCUCCACCUAUCCUCAUGCAGCAAUAAAACUUUCUUAAGCAUUUCA